UUCUCAAAAGGCAGUAACGUUCAGCACUAAUUUUAUCUCUAUACCUAGAUUUUUUUGAGUCGUCAAUGAGACCCCAUUUUUUGCUUUCUUGAUUAUUUAAUGAUUUAUUCUCUGUUCUUAGCUGACUUUAGUUUAAAGCGAAUCUGUAGAUGACGGAUUUGUUCUUAACCUUUCUCAUAAAUGGAAAAAGAUACUAGUUACAACUUUUAACUAGUUUUUCCACUUAUAAUGAAGCAAAUUAUUGGUUGAAAGAGAGUGUUAUCUUAGACGAAAGGGACACCAAGAUUUCAAUAAGGGGUUUUGCCUUAGCUGCAGGGUACUCAGGUUUUAUGUGAAAAAAAGUGCUUAUCUUUUUCGGAAUUUUCUUGUGAUUCUUGAAACUUUGCCCUUCCUUUGCUGUCCAAGGUUUCUUUCACAUGAACCAUUUUGUUUUUUCUCUCUUUUCUUGUGUUUGUUGUUGAGGAUAAAGGGCCGAGCUUAAUGUCAUUGUUUGCCCCUACAUCUAUUUAGAUCUGAUUACCCAUUUCACUUUUAAGCCUCUUUAGGUUGAAUUGGAUGCUCUAAUCAGCUGUGAAGUAAGAGUUCUUCAUAUAGCUAGCAGUAUAUAUAUUCUCUUGAGGAAUGGAAAACGGUUUGUUGACACUCUCUAUCUUUAUUUUGAGAUUUUCAUCGAUAUUGGAGGAAGGCGAUGAAUUAAUUUAGCAAUGACAAGUAGCGUAAGUUUAGAUGGGCAGGAGGGUGACUUUUACUGCUGUUUCGAAAGUGAUUUAGAUGGAGGAUAUGUAUCUGGCAGUUUCGGUUCCAUUUGAAUUGGGCAAUUUGAUUUGUUAUAAUUCGAGUGUAGAAAGUUGUAUCGAUGUUACUAGCGUAGGAUUGAAGGGUGACACCAAUAGACUCGUUUUGAAUUCCUCGACUAAAAGCUCGAUGUCCAAUCCUGUCAACCGUGAUAACGAGGAUUGCAGUUCCGGUGAUUUGGAAAGUGAAGUUCAGGCUACAGUGUUGUUGGGGACUGAAGAGAAUCAGGGCGAAAGGGAUGCCACACUCACUACGGAUACUGUAGUCCAGGAAAGUGAAGAGGAUGGCAUAUCGUCAUUGGAGGGGGAUCCAGUUCUUGAUAGCUCAUGUUCUCUGUCUGUGGUGAGUGAUACUAGUAGUAUAUGCUGUGAUGAUUUCAUAGCUUUUGAGUCAAAUCCUGAGAUAGGAAUGACUAAUUUUGCAGAAGUUGAGAAGAGUACUGGUGAACUUAUAGCAAAGACGACAGAUUUGGUUGAGCCAACUGUUGGUGAGAUCAUUGGUGAUUCUUUAUCUGUGGCAGUAGGAGCUGGGCAUGAGGUUCCAGAUGGUUCGGGUUUGAAAUCAACAGUUGUUAUUCAGUUGGACAGAACCUCUGGUGAAAGAGUGAGGCGAAGUGUUUUUCAGGUGGAUUAUGUGCCACUCUGGGGAUUCACAUCUUUGUGUGGAAGGAGACCAGAAAUGGAAGAUGCAGUUGCAACGGUGCCUAGGUUUCUUAAAAUUCCUUUGUGGAUGCUAAUUGAUGAUUGCUUGCUUGAUGGAGAGAGACAAUGUUUGAGUCAUUUGACGACCCAUUUCUUUGGAGUCUAUGAUGGCCAUGGAGGCUCUCAGGUUGCAAAUUACUGUCGGGAGCGAAUGCAUAUGGCUUUGGCAGAGGAAUUGGAAAUAAUUAUGGCUGAUCCAAAUGAUAAAAGUAGUAAAGGUAACUGCCAAGAGCAGUGGAGAAUAGCAUUCACGAAGUGCUUUCUCAAGGUUGACUACGAAAUUGGAGGGAAAGCAAAUAAUGAACCGGUUGCUUCGGAAACUGUUGGCUCAACUGCAGUUGUUGCGAUAGUUUGUUCAUCGCACAUUAUAGUAGCUAAUUCUGGCGAUUCUAGGGCAAUCUUAUGCCGUGGGAAAGAGCCCAUGGCAUUAUCUGUGGAUCAUAAACCUAAUAGGGAAGAUGAACAUGCAAGAAUCGAAGCAGCCGGAGGAAAAGUGAUACAGUGGAAUGGGCACCGUGUUUUUGGCGUCCUUGCAAUGUCUAGAUCUAUUGGGGACAGAUAUUUGAAACCUUGGAUUAUUCCAGAUCCCGAAGUGGUCUUUAUUCCCCGAACUAGGGAAGAUGAAUGCCUCAUUCUGGCUAGUGAUGGUUUAUGGGAUGUCAUGACCAAUGAGGAGGUCUGUGACAUGGCUCGUAAAAGGAUACUCCUCUGGCAUAAAAAUAACGGCUUCACUCUUCCAGAAGAAAGGGGUGAAGGAAUUGAUCCUGCAGCUCAAGCAGCAGCCGAGUAUCUAUCAAACCGCGCUCUCCAAAAGGGCAGUAAAGACAACAUUUCUGUAGUUGUGGUGGACUUGAAAUCCCAAAGAAAGAUUAAGAGCAGAAGCUAACAUAAAUUUUUUACUCAUUUGACAGUUUCGUUUAUGUCUUAGAAUGUAAUUUAAUUCUGUUCAACAUGGUUUGGCCCUUCAGUUUUCGGCAUGGGUUAUGACGUCCUUCAGUAUCUAUAUCAUUUGGGACAUGCCAAAUUCUACUAAUAUGUAUAUCUUAGCAAUUUUGAAGUAGGAUAGGAUAUUGGGAGGCUCUAUGCUAUUGCAAGUAGUGCUUUAUAAUCAAUUGAAUUGGUCAUUAUGCCUCCGAGUUAAAGGCUCUGUGAGGUGUAUCACUUCGUGUUAUUUGAACAAUUUGGUGUUGUAAAACAGAGCAAAUCUUGGAAGUUAAAUCCUCA